GUUGGUAUUGUCCCCUAUGUAAAGCUCCAGUGCAUAUAGACCAACCUGUAGAGAAAAAUAGACCAAACUGUUUUACAAAGUGGGUGUACUUAUCAUAGAGCUGUACAAACCAGAACGCGGUAGUUGUGUAGUACUGCGACGUGUUGGUAAAAACUUUUUUCACUGUGGCCAGAGCCAGGAGACUUUCUUCCUCCAUAGACGAUGGACUUAUCGAAUGAGUGUGGAAUAAUAUAUAAAUUUUAGCACUCCAGAAGUCAACCAAUUAGAAUUGACAAUUAUUUGCGAGAUUGCGAGGCCUAUUUGAUAAGUAUUAUUAUCUCUAGUUACUGGCCUGUUGGACAUCUACAUAGACCUCAUUAUUGAGAGUGUGAAAGUGAAUAAUUAUGGUACAUUCCUAUUGAUAUCUAGACUAUACGUACAUGUAGAUACAAUGUUUGCAGGAUGAAUUUGUACGAGUUCGAGUGUUAGUUACGGAAAAGAGGACUUGGGUUAUGUUUAAUUUGACGGAAGUGACAUGCACCACGUGACGAUAUGGAGCUAGCGGCAUCAGCACAUAGCGAUUCAGAUGAAACUGGGAGCCUGAGGGGGAGGAUCACAGCCAUGAAUACACCAUCCUACAUGAAAUGGAGAUGGUACCAUCCAGGUAUCAACGGACCAAAAGCAGAGGAUCUGCUGUUGGAUCGCGGCAAAGAUGGGAGCUUCUUGGUCCGACCAAGCAGAACCUUGCCCGGAGAUUUCGUGUUGGCUGUAAGGGAGAACGAUCAUGUAACCCACAUCCGUAUCCACAACACGGGGGAGUUCCUCGACCUGUAUGGAGGGGAGAGGUUUGCCACCCUGUCCGAGAUGAUAGCUGCGUAUUACAAUGAGGAGGUCGAAGAGAGAAUCAAGCACGACUCGGGAAGAUUCGUAGAGUUGAAGUUCCCUUUGCCGGCGCAUGAUAAUGACACUGUAGAACGUUGGUUCCAUGCUAAUGUUUCCAGUCGAGACGCGGAAAACUGGCUUAGAGAGAAGGGUCACGUAGGCAGCUUCCUGGUUCGAGAGAGCAGACGGCUGCCAGGGAAUUACGUGUUGUCUGUCCGAUGUGAGACGAAGGUCUUACAUCUGAUGAUUACUUGUCAGAAUGGCAAGUUUUCUAUCGAAGACUCAAAAGAGGAGUUCAAAUGUUUGAAACUUUUACUGCGGAAUUACCAGAAGUUCCCCAUGGUUGACAAGACGGGUAUCAACAUUUACCUUCGGAUGCCCUUCAAUAGUACCCGGAUCAAAGCUUCUCAGAUCCACGAAAGGGUGGUUCUUCUUGACAAAAGGAAUAAGGAUGAUAAGACUGGGUUUCAAGAGGAAUACGAGUUACUCCAGGCUGAGGAAUGUCAGUUGCCCUUCCUGCGCGAGGAGGGCAAGAAACCUGAAAACAAACCGAAGAACAGAUACAAAAACAUCCUUCCUUUUGAUCACACCCGAGUGGUUCUCAACGAUGGCGACCCCAAUGUUCCUGGUUCAGACUAUAUCAAUGCAAAUUUCCUCGAGUCGCCAGAUGACGUCAGCAAUGAACCUAAGAGAUACAUCGCCACACAGGGCGUGAAUGAUGCGACCAUCAAGGAUCUCUACAGGAUGAUGUGGCAGGAGAAUUGUCACGUAAUCAUUAUGGCCACAGAAUUGGUGGAAAAGGCGAAGAAAAAGUGUGCUUCAUACUGGCCGACUCCGUCAGAGAACCAGAGUAGCCCUGUGAUGGAGUUUGAUAUUUAUAACGGCUCGUUAAGGAUCGAACUCAAAUCGGAGACGGAUAAAGAUAUAUACAUUCUGAGGGAACUCGCCGUCACCAGGAUUCAGGAUGAGAAAUCUUCCACGCGGACGAUCUGGCAGUACCAUUUCAAGAAGUGGCCUGACCACGGCGUUCCUUCAGACCCCAUGUACAUCAUCCGACUGUUGAAGGAUGUGAAUGAUAAGCAUAAAGAAGUGCAAGAUGCGGGACCAUUGGUAAUCCACUGCAGCGCAGGGGUAGGCCGAACGGGAUGUCUCAUCAUUGUCGACAUGAUUAUGACUUCCACUGAGCAAAUAGGUGUUGACCGAGAAAUUGAUAUAUUCCAAGUCUUGAAGUCUUGCCGGACUCAGAGGUCGGGAUUCGUGCAGACCGAGCCACAGUACAGGCUCAUAUACCAGGCGGUUGAUUGUGGUAUCCAGAAUGUUCUUGAUGAUAUAAAAAGGAACCAGGCAGAACCUGUCUAUGAGAAUAUCACUCGAAAAGCUCGGCCUGCACAGAAUGGAGAUGCCAAGGCAGAAUCGAAAAGUCGGUCCAGGGGAAAGCUCGCCAUCCCCAAGAAGAAGAAGUAGUGUUCAAUGGAUACGGAUGUUUGUGGGGUUUCUCUCUCUUAACAUGCCACAACACUUGUUUUUUUUACCGUUUUCUAGCGCGAUAACAAUUGUGAAGAAGCAUCCGCUCGUAAAACAUACAGACGGCAACCUUGCUCCAGGCUGGGUUUAAGGACUAGGAAUUAAGACCAAGAACCGCUGCGGUCAAAACGAAGCCGAAUGUAUUUUCCAUUUAAAACCUCUUUUUUGUGUCAAAGACCUUUUAGAAUUCGUGAUACAGAUCUUCCAGAUAUUGUGUUUUAUUGGGACCAAGGUGAGGCGAUUCGGGUGUUUUCAAGGGGGAAUAGAGAGAAUGCGAUUUUGUACCAUUUGAGUGAUGGUUACCACUUGCUGUACUCUACGUGUAGUUCUCAAUGCAACGACAACUGACGGAAAAAUCAUCUGAAUUUCUACCUAACCGUGGUACGAGUCCGUCUGUCCGCAUAAAUCACAGCGCUCAGCCUUAAUUCUCCCUUUAAAACGCCAGUAAAUACAAUAAGCACGAAUGGCUUAUCCCUUUAUGAAUGAACACAUGUAGGUACAUGAUUGUGUACAUUACAUUGUACGCAUGUAAAUACCGUAAAAAAUAUUCUUGAUAUAUGGGAUUUAAAAAAAAGUAAAUGCCACACUUAUCGGUGACUGAACGAAAGGGUUGUCGUAAUAAGAAUUCUUAAAAAAUACGGGCAUAUACGCCAGCUUCAUUUGUGUCAUGCAAAACGCUUCAUAUGCCAUUUUACCAUUCUGAGUAAAUCGGCCAAUAGCACGUCUGGUUAGGCCUACUUUAAGAGCACAUAUACCGUUACUUGCUUACAUGUGGUUCGCCUGAAAUAAAAUAACGUGCCUAUAAAUAUGCACGAUCGAUGACAUUUUGGCACUUUUAUAAUGUACAUACUGUAGUUACUUCGAGUGUACACAACAUCAUUGUUGAAAUGUAUCACGAGGUAUUGACAAAAUUGGAAUUUUUUGGAAGGAACCAACCAUGGCCCGGUUGCUCAAGCUGCCUAAAUACUUUUAUUAGUAACGUUGACGUUAAGGCCUAACGAUGCUACUGUGCAUGUAAAUGAAAUUUACUAAAUGAGACGCCCAGCUGGCGUUUGUCUCGAGCGCUGAUUGAGCAACUGGGCCUUGACCUAGUAUCAAACAAAGUAUUCAAGAGUUCAUAGAGGUAGAGGUCAGUGUGUGUUGGAAGCAAGCAGUACAGAGUGUUUCAAAAAAGUUGUGUCGAAACUUGAAACAAAUGCCAAGUUAUUUUCCCUCUGCUGAUAGUUUGUACGGAGAGUUCACCCUUUGAACUGAACAAUGACUCCUGUUGGUAUUGACCGUGUCCUGCAUAUGCAACACUUUUGGUGUUCAUUACGGUAGUCAUUUAUUACUGCAGUCAAUCAUUAUGUAACAUGAAAAAUUUGAAGAAUUUAAUGGCUUGUCCAUUUCCAUAAGGUGAAACAAUUAGAGUAUUUAUUUCCUCCGAAUAAUGUGGGCUGAUAUUAUGAGUUACGUUUAUUGGAAGUGGACCACUUUGACUGGUGUUCAGAUUGAACUUUAUAUACUGUAUACAUUCAUAUUUGCAUGCAAUGCCUGUGAUGUACUAAACUACAGAAAGAUGUAGAUUUAAUGCUUAUAAUAAAAUCAUGUAUAAACUAA